UCGGGGAACAGAAGAACCCGAAUAAAGAUGCUCGGGGUCUCAUGCUCAGCCGGUUAAAAACUUGGCUCUAGGUGGCAUUGGACCAGCGCAAAACGAGCACAUUUAAAAAUCAAGCAGUUAUCCGGGCGAAGAUGGAAAUGAAGAAGUCUUUUUCAGACACGGAGCGGGCACUCAGGAGCUACGGCGCCGUGUCGCAAACGGCGUGGACGACGGACAAAGGUCACUGUGAUGUUUCCAUGGCCGAGAGCACCAUGUGUCCAGAGGAGAUUGAGGUGGAGAUGGCUCGGAUCCAGCGUCUAAGAGAGGUUCUAGUGCGUCGGGAAUCUGAGCUACGCUUUAUGAUGGACGACAUCCAGCUGUGCAAAGACAUCAUGAGUUUAAAGCAACAGUUGAGGCAGAUUGUUGCAGUACCAGAGAAAGAUAAAAGCAAGAAAGACAAACAAGAGGAAGAAGAACUGAUCCUAAAGAUCCAUAAACUCGUGCAAAAGAGGGAUUUUUUGGUGGAGGACGCAGAGGUGGAGAGACUAAGGGAGCAGGAGGAGGACAAGGAAAUGGAAGAGUUCCUCAGGCUGAAACUGAUGCCACUGGAAAACAAGCUCAAGGUCAAACAAAGCCCUCCAAAGCCCAAAAGACAAGUCGUGGAGCCACCGCCCAACAAACCCUUCAUCACUCAAUCAGGUGUGGCCAUCAUUAAGGAUUGUUGCGGCGCCACCCAGUGUUCCAUCAUGUAAAUAAAUGGCAGAAGCCUCCAACGCUCCCAUCCUGUUCAGCUUUACGUUCCACUUUAAGGUGUCCAAAAGUAAAGUCAUGUUUGCGAUGCAAAUGUCAGGGAGGCUAGGGUUUGUGUUGUCAGGUUCAGUAUACCAUACAGUCAUCCCCUGCAUAUAAAGACUAUUUGCAAGUUUGUGCGCUUUCAUGGAUGAGGUCGUUAUUCCUUACUCACUGUACUUCCAGUAAAUGACUGAUACAUUGGCAACAGAACACUUGGAUUUAAAUUAAAGAGGAAAUAAAUAUUCUUGAACAUUGACUCCCACUUGUAGCAGUUUACCCCAAACUGGGAGUCAUGAUUACAUAUUCUUCAAUACAAUUCAGAUAGUUUGUUUAAAAAAAAAAUGCAAUUAUAUACAUAUAUUUUUUUUACAAUCUGAAUUGUAUAAAUAAAUGGGGUCAAUUUUUGCUUUGUGCACACCAAACAGGCCACACCAUCAUCAUCACAGAAUGAUUGAUUGUGAUCUAUCCUGAUCAUUGUUGUAAAGCAACAGCAUCCUGAGUUGUGUUUUAAGAAUGAACAUUACAUAUAUAAUGCAAUCUUUUUGUAAAUACCCACAUUUCAAUGUAUGCUUGAAUGCAUCAUAAACAUUUGCAAAGGCAUUUGUCCCCUUUCUCUUCCUUAUGAUGAUCAUCUGUAGUGCUGGUGAAUUUAUUAAGUUCCUAAUGUUCACAAUGUAACAGAUAUGCAGAAAAUAAGCUGAAAUGACCUGUACAUAUAUGUUUAAAUAAAUAUCAUCUUUCAGAAACA